AUGUGCAGGGUAGGGGCACUCCCAGAUGGCCUGUACCAACGUCAAGUGGAACCAGGGAAGCCUGUCAUAAUUGACAGCCUCGGGAAGGAUUCAGAGGCAGAAAACCAGGAAGAGAGAGUCGAGGAAGAGGAGAAAAUUGGAGGCGUAAAAGUUGAUGAGUACGAUACAAGAAGCGAUGAAGUCCAAGAAGAGAUCGAAGAGGAGC